UGUGACAUCCAGGAAAUGAGUGACUCCGCCGCCUUUAGGGCCGCGCUCAUGGAGGCCUGGAGGCGGGAGCCGGCCGGGGUGUCGCCGCCCCCGUCCCCCUAAGUGCCCGGCGGGGCGCUCGGCCGAAGCCGCCCGCGAGCCGCGGCCUCCGGGCCCUGGGGACCCGCGCGCGCAGCCCGGCUGGCGCGGUCCCUGCCGCGAGCCGGAGCGGGACGAAGGCCAGCGCACGUUCCAGCCAUGGCUCUGGGGCUCUUCCGGGUGUGUCUGGUGGUGGUGACGGCCAUCAUCAACCACCCGCUGCUGUUCCCGCGGGAGAACGCCACGGUCCCCGAGAGCGAGGAGGAGAUCAUCCGCAAGAUGCAGGCGCACCAGGAGAAGAUGCAGCUGGAGCAGCUCCGCCUGGAAGAGGAGGUGGCCUGGCUGGCGGCCGAGAGGGAGGCCCUGGAGCAGGUGGCCGACGAAGGCCAGCAGCAGAACGAGACCCGCACGGCCUGGGACCUGUGGAGCACCCUCUGCAUGAUCCUCUUCCUGGUGAUCGAGGUGUGGCGGCAGGACCACCAGGAUGGGCCUUCCGCGGACUGCCUGGGCGGGGAAGAGGACGAGCUGCCCGGCCUGGAGGGCGCCCCGCUCCGGGGCCUCACCCUGCCCAACAAGGCGACGCUCCAGCACUUCUACGAGCACUGCAUCCGGGGCGCCACGGCCGACGCGGCCCGCACCCGGGAGCUCGUGGAAGGCUUCGUGGAUGACUUGCUGGAGGCCCUGAGGAGCCUCUGCAGCCGGGACACGGACUUGGAGGUGGAGGACUUCAUUGGCGUGGACAGCAUGUAUGAGAACUGGCAGGUGGACAGGCCGCUGCUGUGCGACCUCUUUGUGCCCUUCGUGCCCCCCGAGCCCUACCACUUCCGCCCGGAGCUCUGCUGCUCCCGCCGCUCCGUGCCCUUGGACCGCCAGGGCUACGGCCAGGUCAGGGUGGUCCGGGCCGACGAGGACGUGCCGGGCUGCGUGUGCGGCAAGAGCACGCUGGGGGAGGACAUGCUGUGUCUCCUCCACGGCAGCCACAGCGCCGCACGGCCCGGCCGCGGGCUGGAGGCCCUGCUGUGCGCCGGGGACCCCCCGUACCUGGACACGGCGCAGGUCAUGAAGUGGUUCCAGACGGCCCUCACCAGAGCCUGGCACCGCAUCGCCCACAAAUACGAGUUCGACCUGGCCUUCGGUCGGCUGGACUCCCCGGGCUCCCUCAAGAUCAAGUUCCGCUCGGGGAAGUUCAUGCCCUUCAACCUGAUUCCCGUGAUCCAGUGUGACGACUCGGACCUGUACUUUGUGUCCCACCUGCCCAGGGAGCCCUGCGGGGAGACCCCGGCCUCCAGCACCGACUGGCUCCUGUCCUUUGCCGUCUACGAGCGACACUUCCUCCGGAUGACCUCGAAGGCACUGCCCGAUGGGGCCUGUCACCUCAGCUGCUUGCAGAUCGCCUCCUUCCUGCUGUGCAAGCAGAGCCGCCUGACCGGCCCCAGCGGCCUGGGCAACUACCACGUGAAGACCGCCCUGCUGCACCUCCUGCUGUCCCGGCGGCCGGCCGACUGGCAGGCGGGGCAGCUGGACGCCCGGCUGCGCGAGUUGCUCCGCUUCCUGGAGAAGAGCCUGCUGGAGAAGAAACUCCCUCACUUCUUCAUCGGCAACCGCAAGGUGCCCGAGGGCAUGGGACUCCCUGAGGCCGUGCGCAGGGCCGAGCCUCUCAACCUCUUCCGACCCUUCGUCCUGCAGCGAAGUCUCUACCGGAAGACAGUGGACUCCUUCUACGAGAUGCUCAAGAACGCCCCGGUGCUCAUUCGCGAGUAUUCCCUGCAUAUCCCCUCAGACCAGGCCAGCCCGCCCCACAAAGCUGUUGUCUUGUAGAGCAUCCAGGACCCAGGGGGCCAGGACGCGGGGCACCCCACAUAUCCACGCCUCGGGGGGCAUCUGCAGGCCCCGGCCCGGGAGAGCGACGGGUGCUGUGCGGUGCCCGGGCUCAGCCCACCAGGGAAGCCAGGCCCUGUGGCCCGCGGAGGAAACAGAAUUCCAAGCUGGAAAAGCUGGUUUGCUUUUACACCACUGGGGUCCUACUGGUGAGGUUAUUGUCUGGGUUUGGUUGAUCCUUUGCAGCUUACUUUUGGAUCACCACAAAUGGCCAAGAUGAUGACAAAAUCCUCUCUGGACGCUGAGCUAAAGACAACGCAAACAUUGAUGCGGGUGUAAUUUUUAUAUCCCAGGUCCAGGCUUUACUUAAAUAUCAACAGAGGAUCUGCAGGAAUGCUGACGGGGAUGCAUGUUAAGACCCUGCAGCCUGUUUCCAGUAAUCCUUGGCCCCAGGCAUCCGCGGCCAAGGCACCAGCAGGGACACUUGUGGGAAUUUGCAACCUUCCAUCCACAGCCUGCACAUUAGGGGUCCUUUCAAACUAUUUGUAGAAAAGACCUAGAAGAGAUUCAAGGCCCCAAGAGGCCAAUGUCUGUUGCACAGAAGUGGGUACUUGGUGGCAGAGGGAAGUUUCAGUCAGCCACUUUUUCAGCUCCGUGUCUCACUCAGGGUGCUCCCCCUUUCCCAUCCCUUACCCCAGUGUGCUGUGCCCUGAGCCCCAUAGGUACCUGUAUACCGUGCUGGGGACAAGCUCCACAGCCGGUCUCUGACCAUCCGUGUGGUGGGGGAGGGCGGAUCCCGGAGGUGGAAGCUGCAAGAGACACAGGGUGACUGGGGCCAAGGGUAGCACCUGUUCCCAGGGCGCUGAUGCGCAGUUCAGAGAAGAUGGCAGAGCUGAGGAGGGAGGGAGGGAGGGAGGGAUGCCACAGCCCUGAGUUUUCCUCGGCAGGGUCGCAGUCCUAGAACCAAGCAUGCCUGGAGGCAAGAGGAGACCCAGCUCCAUCCAUUGGCCCCAAGACCUAUUCACUGCAGUGGGGCACCCUCACGGCACAGAACCCCCCUUUCUGGAUGGGCUUUGCCAGCCACACCAGAUGACCAAGACCCGAAGAGACUUGGCCGACUGGAAACACGCAGGGAUAACUGCCGACCCAGCCCCCAGGCCCCAGAGAGGUCACCCCAGCACUGCUGGGGGCUGUGGUCACUGGGCAGGCGCCAGAGCCUGCGGUGGGAGCUGGCCCGUCUCCAGGCCUGGGUCAGGGGUUGGGAAGCCACUCCUCCUCCACUUCUGGCUUCGCUGGCCCUUUGGGAGUUUCUCCCAUGGUAGUGCCUCAGUAACCCUUGCAGCAAGCCAAGGGGGAGGCAAGAAGGAGCGCACCUGAACCAGCACCUGAGUUCCCCUCCAGGGUUUAAGCUGGCCAGGCCUGCCGAACAGCAGACCCCAUUCUGUGGGGGUGUCGGGCUCACCACAAGCUGCGGAGGAUUCUGUCCCUCACCCAGGGGUGCUCUCACCUGGCCCCAGUAGUUCCAGAAGAUGGAUGGUUUGCCUGGCAGGGUUCGCUUGGGGCAGGAGGCUCGGCUGUGAUGGGGCACUGAGGCCUGUAGGAACCCUUCCAUGUAAGCUGGAGUCGGACCACGCAGACCUGGGUCUGCUCUCCCCAGCGCCGGAGCAGGCAGCGUGGGGCCAGGAAGGGUGGUCAUGCCCACGUGGCCCCCAGCAGUAGCCCCAAGCCCCCAUUCAGUUGUGAUUUGUUUCCAGAAUCGGGGUGAAUGUCCAUAUUUAUUAUUGCCCAUGCCUUGCCUUCCCCCCCCACCCCAUCCUUAGCUUGUGCUUGGAGGAAACCCCACAGCCGGGAACAAGGCUCCAGAAGCCAAGACCAAGCCUGAAGCUCCCUCAGCCUCGCCUUGGCUUCCAGGGAGAAGUUCACUGAAAAAUGACCUUCUGGCCUCUUGUUUAUCCAGAGAAGACAACUCAGCGGGGCAGUGGGGAUCUUCUAUGCACCAAAGCUGCUUCUGAAGCGGAAAAUAGCCGAGCUCUCGGUGUUUCAUGCUGCCUUAUUUAUAUGAAAGGAAGAAUUAAAUUCUUGCAAGGAGUAGAAACUGG